GGCCUACCUGGCGGGGUUUGCCACCCUUCCUCCUCCGGGGCCGAGAGAGCGCGACUCGCCCAAGUCCAAGGCGGGAGAGGAAGAGGGCCGGGGCCCUUUAAGAUCAGCGAGAGGAGGGGCGGGAACGGCGGGCGCUCCGCCAAUGAGGGCCUCCCAAGUCUGGCCAGCGCGUUUCCGGGUGGGCGGGGCGAGGACGCACGGUCCAAUCAGGGCUCCGUUCCGCCCGGAAGUGCACUCGCGGCCUAGGCCGGACGCCCCUUCCUCACCUUCCCCGGCUAUGCUGCGCAUGCGCGGCCUCCUGUCUCCCGCUUCUCCUGGGGCCCUUCCUUGGCCCCGCGGCCUCUGCCGGGAGACGGGCCCGUCGGGGAAGGAGGAACGGGAGGAGGAGGGCCUCGCCGAGCCCACCCGGAGCAGCCCCGCUUCCUCCUCGGCGGCGAAGAUGAUGCGCCUGUUGCUGCGGUCGCGGAUCCCCGGGGGGCUUCCGGCUGACUCUCCUCUGCUUCGGGCUCUUGAGAGGAAAGCCCGCCGGCGCCUGGACCGAGAGGCCCCCCAUGCGCUCCCCCUCUGCCCUGAGGGGCAGCCCAUGACCCACCCCCACCCCGCAGAGGCGUUGGAGAGACAGCCCCGGACCCUGGGCCCCGAGGCCAGUGAGGAGGCCCUGGCCGCCCUCUUCCGCUCGCCGCUCUUCGCCUGCAGCUGCCAGGAGCGCUUCCUCCGCAACAUGGCCGAGUGGUUCCCGGGCAGAGCGCAGGCCUUGUCCCCGCUUACCGUGGCCUCUGUGGCCAAGCACCUGGCCCGGCACCGCUUGCGGGAGACACGGUUGCUGGACGCCCUGGCCGCCUUCCUGCUGCAGCGCAUCCAGGGUCUGGACACCAAGAUGGUGCAGAGGCUGGUCUUCCCCUUCGGCCGCCUGGACUACCGGCCGGCCAACCACCAGGAGCUCUUCCCACGGCUGGUGGGGUCUCUGGGGCAGGCAGGCCCCUCCCCGUCCCCGCUGGCUGUCCUCAACGUCCUGCUGACCCUCUGCCAGCUCCAGUUCUGGCCCCCGGCCGCCCUCCUGCAGAGGGUCUUCUCCCCCGCCUUCCUGGCCAACGUCUCUGGCAGCCCCUGUGGGACCAUUGCACGGCGCUACCUCUCCCUGCUGGACACGGCCAUGGCGCUGGAGGUCCCAGGGUACGACGGGCCCCGGCUGGACCCCCGCUUCCACGUCCAGAUGUUCGACGGGGCCCUGACAGCAGAUGACGCCAACCGGAAGUACAGCUUCAAAGGCCUGGUGGGAGAGGGGCUUCAGCGGCUGGUGGGCCGGGACGGUUUCCAGCAAGACGUGGUGGUGCCCCCGGGGUACGGCGUAGACUUCCUGCUCCGCGUCUCCUCUCUUUCGGGGGAAGUUCUUCCCAUUGGGGGGCUCCCGGGGGCCACUCCCACCGAGACCCCCAAAGAACAGGGCCAGGGUGCCCUUCCCGAAGGCUCUACCACCGAGGGGACCUGGCAGGAUAAGGGGCCGCUGGAGGCAGACAAACCCCACAGGCUGGUACUGUCCGUCAAUGAUAAGUGGCACUACUGCCGCAACUCGGGCGUCUUGGUGGGCUCCCGGUCCAUGCGCAUGCGGCAUCUGCGCCUCCUGGGCUUCCAGCUCCUCCAGCUGCCGUAUUGGGAGCUGGAGAGGCUGCAGGGCCUGGAGGAGACCCAGCAAUACCUGCAGAGGAAGCUGAAGGAGCCCCAGUCCUGAGCGGAAGGAAAGACGGGGUGGACCUUCCUGUGAGGGACCCUCGGCCGAAUGAAGCGUGGGAGUGAGGAGUGCAGGCAGGCUCUUGGCUUUAUUGGCACUGCCCCCCCCCCCCCCCCCAAUCUGCCAUGCGUCCAAAGAUUGGCUGCCAAAGCCAGGCCUCUGCUCCUUGAUCCGGGGUCCGGUCCUGUGUUUCCUGCGCAGCAGCCUUUCCUCUCGUUCUUUCCCAAAGCGGUCCCGGCAGGAGGGGAGGGGGCGUGCCCCACCCGGAUGGCGGCAAUAAAGCUAUUUAUUGACACUUUUAAA